UUGGGAUAACAACAAGUACAGUAGCAGCAUCUGCAGGGAAACGGCUAGCUUCAAAUAGAAGAAUAAUAAUAAAAAAAAUAAAAUAAAUUCCUUUAUAAAAAUGAAGUUUACAUUUAGCAUCCUGGCACUAUGUGGAUUAAUUGCCUACGCCUACGCAGCGCCACUUGAUGACUCAGCCAACGCUCAGAUUCUGCGUUACGAUAACGAAAAUCUAGCCGAUGGUUACAAAUUUGGCUAUGAGACCAGUGACGGUGUGGUACGUCAGGAAGAGGCGGAACUGAAGAAUGUCGGUACCGAGCAGGAAGCGAUUUCAGUACGUGGCUCUGUCAGUUGGGUAGCGCCCGAUGGCCAAACAUAUACAUUGAAUUACAUUGCUGAUGAGAAUGGUUUUCAGCCACAGGGUGAUCAUUUGCCACACGUUUAGUUGCACAUUAUUAAAUAAUUGAAAUGAUAUUUUUUAUAUGUAUGUAGUUUUAGUGAAAACGAAAACAAAUAAUGAAUUGUUGCACGCAGAGAAACAGUAUUAA